AGAUGCUUCCUUUUUCGUAGUAUAAUUACAGUGACGUGUCCUUUUCUCCGUCAGCACAGGUUACAUGUGGGAAAUAAGGCUGUGUUCACUAUGUUCGUAUAGCUUCCACGGGUCAUUGGUACUUACCGGGUCGAUAGCGAUCCUCUUCUCCAUUUGCGUAAUGGCUACUCCGUUGAAAUGUCUUGCGGAGGGGAAGGGCAUUUUUCACGAGAAUGCCCUUCCAAUAUUAGACAACAGUCAGCUUCAUCUGCUGGUGGAACUGGGGCAACCACAACCCCAAGUACUCCUCGUUAUUGAGCUCCGCGACGUACUGGAGGAACGUGAAUUUUUGCGGGAAAUGAUGACGGAGAAGAGGCAGCAUGAGGCUUUGAAGAAAGAGGUUGAGGAUAAGCGUCGAUUUAAAGAGCAUGUGCGACUGGAGACGGCACGACAUGCCAAAUCUACCAAGGCAGAGUUAAUGGCUUUGCUUGAGAGGCAGUUUAUGAUGUGUCGAGAAGAGGUGCGACGAGAGGAGUUCCGUUCUCCAGCCUCUUGUAAUCCACGAAGGCGAGCGCAGAACUGGGACGAUGAACUAGACAAUGAAGACUUGGAUGAUGAGAUCCGACGCCUCCUAUCCUUACGCGAACGUGGUCAUAAAGGGAAGGCGACGGCUACGGCGGAUGGUGUCCGGUUUCGGCAACCUACCUUUGAUAACCAGGACGGCUCGGUAGAUGAGAAUCGCACUCGAGCGGAGACUUCCAGAGAUGGCGAGGAACGAACGAGGCCGAAAAUUCCUGCUGGGAGCGGACCGGAAGGACUGCUCCAGUUCGUUCUUGAUCAGAGACAAGAACUAUCCACCAUGAAGCCGGAGCAACUCAAACGCAUAUUGCACUAAGAAUCCCUCCAUUGAACGUAUCAUCACUGCACACGUGAAAUGUGCCUACGAGGGAUUUGUCUUUGUGCCAGCCUCCUCUACGGCGGGUGGGUUCCCGGGAGGCCGAUCUGCCUCGUAGUUGACUGAACAGAUUUUCUGUUUUUAAACUUUGGGAUAAUCUCCUCACAUCUAUAAAAG